AUGAAACCUCGGCCUUGUGGCUGUAAGGGUGCUAGAACGUGUUUAAUUUGUGAAACACAGUACGGUGCUAAUGACUUCAAGCCUUUGAUAGAGCUGGAUAAGAGUAAAGGUUAUGUUUACUGCCCUUUUUGCAACCUAGCUUGGCCUGGUUGGGAUGGAGAAUUAUAUAAAGAACAUCCGAACCACACAGGCCAGCCAAUUAAAUACGCAGGUAUUUAUAUUAAACUAGAUUUUAUAUCAGAAGAUGAAGAAACUGAACUGAUGAAAAAUAUUGAUGAAAUGCCUUGGGAUAUAUCUCAGAGUGGACGUCGCAAGCAAAACUUUGGGCCAAAAACUAAUUUUAAAAAAAGGAAAAUAGGUGCUGGUAAAUUUAAUGGGUUUCCCCAGUUCUCUAAAUAUCUUCAGGAAAGAUUUAAUUCAAUUGAUUUAUUAAAAGGUUAUCAUGUUAUUGAGCAGUGUUCUUUAGAGUAUGAUCCUGUCAAAGGGGCAUCUAUUGAUCCACAUAUUGAUGAUUGCUGGGGAGAUACAAAAAAGUACAAUUUAUCUUGUGCUGAAGAAUAUCCUCCAAUAAUUAAAAAAGAUGGAAGUCUUAAUUUACAAUUGCAGAGAUGUAGUCAAAGUAUGUUUGAAGCUUGUAGACCUCAGAGCCAACUGGAUGUCAUAGUACGGAUACCAAUGAUCAGACGCUCCUUAGCACUUAUGUAUGGGGAGCCACGGUACCAUUGGGAGCAUUGUAUUCUCAGAGAAGACAUUCUUUGUCGACGUGUAUGUAUAGCUUACCGUGAAUUCACACCAUUAUACUUAACAAAUGGUCAACACCAAUGUAGCGGAGAUGAAAUCCGAUCAAAGGCAGAACAGUUUUGGGAUCAUAGGUGUAUUCGUGAACAAGAAUUAUAA